AUGCUUCCCCUCGCCCUGACAUUCUGUGUGCUUUUUUGUUCCGAGUUCCUAUUUCCAGUAGUAUCUGCUCAAAGCGAUUUCGAUUGGACCGCUAUUGAACCAACGAGCAAUUUAUCUUGGGUUGAUUGCUAUUCCGGAUUUAAAUGCACCCGUUUCCAGGUACCCAUCGAUUACUCGAAUGAGGAUGGCGACAAAGCGGCUCUGGCGGUCAUGAAGCUUUCCGCGCAGUCCGAAACCGAGUAUAAAGGAACGGUAUUGAUAAAUCCUGGAGGCCCUGGUGGUAGCGGUGUUGCUGCCUUGGCUUUCGCUGGUUCGUUGCUUGCAUCCGUUAUUGGGGACCAAUACGACAUUGUCGGUUUCGAUCCUCGAGGAGUUGGUAAUUCGACACCUCGAGCUGAGUUCUUCCUCUCCAAAGAAGAGCAUUAUCAAUGGCUUGCCAGUAUUAAUCGUGUGACUGGUACUGUUAACACAACCUCAGACCAGAUACCUCACCUAUGGGCGUCUGCUCAAGUUAUAGCUGAACUUGCGAAAGAAAGAGAUAGCGGAAUCCUGAAUUACAUUAGUACUGACAACGUUGCGCGGGAUAUGCUGCGAAUUAGUGAGGCAGCGGGUCAAUCGAAGCUGCAGUACUGGGGUGUCUCUUAUGGGACCGUUCUCGGUUCCACCUUUGCUGCAAUGUUUCCCGAUAAAGUUGAACGUAUGGUGCUUGACGGUGUGCUGGAUAUGGAUGGAUAUUACAGUGGCGACUGGCGCAACGAGCUUGCGGAUACUGAAAAAGUCAUGCAAUCUUUCUUUGACGGAUGUGCGGCCGCAGGCCCUGAUGCUUGCGCCUUCUAUUCCUCUACUGCUGAAGAGAUAUCCAACAAUCUCGACUCUCUAUAUGAGUCUCUUCUUAACCAGCCAAUCCCGGUAGUAUCCCCAUCAUUCUACGGUGUCGUUGACUAUACCGUCCUGAGAGCGGCAGUUGUGGAUACUCUGUACUCACCCUACGGUGAUUCCUCUAUCCUUGCAGAAGGUCUCGCUAGUCUCGCGGCAGGUAAUGGAAGCAUUAUUUACGAGAUGCAGGAUACCGUAUACGACCCAGCUUCUGUUUAUGACAAUUCAUGGGAGGCGGGAAUUGCUAUUUCCUGCGGUGAUUCCCUUGAAAAUACGGAUUCUGUGGCGGAUCUGUACGCGUAUUGGGACAGUAUCAAAUAUUUAUCCCCCUUUGCCUCCGGAUUUAUCCUUUCGCACAGGAUCAGCUGCUCAGGCUGGAAGUUUCAUCGCGAAGGCAGAUUUACGGGCCCGGUCACCGGAAACACUAGUUAUCCUAUUCUUUUCAUAGGCAACACGGCUGAUCCCGUCACUCCUCUUUCCGCAGCGAAGAAGACAUCCGGCGCAUUCCCCGGCUCCGUAGUUUUAACUCAAAACUCAUCCGGGCAUACAUCCUUCGCUGCUUCGUCCACUUGCACGUCUGCAUAUGUUCAGGCCUACUUUCAAAACGGCACUCUUCCCAGCGACGGAACAGUCUGUGCAAUUGAGUCUGAGAUGUUCCCACUUUCGUCAAACGCCACUGGCAAUCAACGACGUUCUUUCUGGGGUCGUAGAUGA